AUGAGAAACCAGUCACGAUCAGCUUUGUUUCUUUGCCGAGCGUGGAAGAACUCAGCUCCCUCUCGCUUUCAUCAUCCCAAUAUUUCAUCCCGAUGGCUGAGUACUGCAGGUAAUAUUAAUAAAGAAGUAGUGACUCAAGACACCCUAAAAACCUCCAAAUCUACUAGAUACACCUCAGAUGCAUACCCUGAACUUGAGCGCAGAUCGAAUUACGCUCAAGUAACCCCUCAACAUGUUGAUUUCUUCAAAGCAAUAUUAGGCAAGGAUGGAGCAGUUAUCGAUGGCGUGACAAAAGAUGCCGAAGAUGACCUUGAGCCCUUCAAUUUAGACUGGAUGCGCAAAUAUAGAGGUCAUACAAAGCUUGUACUCAAACCAUGUUCGACAGAUGAAGUAUCGAAGAUAUUGAAAUACUGUAACGAUAAGAUGUUGGCGGUGGUGCCGCAGGGCGGCAACUCGGGCCUCGUCGGUGGCUCAGUCCCUGUUUUUGACGAAAUUGUCAUCAAUAUGAGUCGUAUGAACGCCAUUCGCGAUUUUGACGAGGUCUCGGGUGCUCUCGUGGUCGAUGCAGGCUGUAUUCUCGAAGUAGCUGACGCUUAUCUUAAGGAGAGAAGCCAUAUUUUCCCUCUAGACCUCGGCGCAAAGGGCUCAUGCCAAAUUGGGGGAAACGUUGCGACAAAUGCCGGAGGUCUUCGGCUCCUAAGAUACGGUAGUCUUCAUGGAAGUGUUCUAGGAAUCGAAGCAGUAUUACCUGACGGAACAAUCAUGAAUGACUUAUCGAAAUUGCGAAAAAACAAUACCGGGUAUGAUCUAAAACAACUGUUUAUCGGCGCAGAAGGCACGAUAGGCAUAAUAACAGGGGUCUCGGUUCAAUGUGUCCAACGAUCAAGCGCCAAAAAUGUGGCAUUUUUCGGUCUCGAGUCUUAUGAGAAGGUGCAAGAAGCAUUUGUUCUUGCCAAGAAACAACUUUCUGAAAUUCUCUCUGCAUUUGAGCUCAUGGAUGGGCAUUCGCAAAAGAUAGUGAGCCAAGUGACUCAAAAUAAACGACCCUUGGAAGAUGAGUAUCCAUUCUAUUGUCUCAUCGAAACUAGUGGAUCUAAUCCAGAACAUGAUCGAGAGAAGCUCGAAAACUUUUUGGAGAGUGUUCUGGAUAAAGAAAUUGCACAAGAUGGGGUAUUGGCUCAGGACGAGACUCAAAUGAUGGCGUUGUGGGGCUGGCGUGAAGGAAUUCCUGAGUCCUUGGGACACUGGGGAGCCGUCUACAAAUAUGAUUUAUCCAUUCCUAUAUGUGAUCUCUAUGCUUUGGUAGAUGAUGUUCGGCAUCGUAUAGACUCCGCUGGGUUGUUAGGCGAUUCUGACGCGUAUCCGGCUGUUAGUGUAGUUGGUUAUGGACAUAUGGGUGAUUCAAAUCUACAUUUGAAUAUUGCUGCUCGAAGUUUCGACAAACACCUAGAGAGAGUCUUGGAACCCUUUGUUUAUGAGUGGGUUGGAAAGCGUAAUGGCAGCAUUAGUGCUGAGCAUGGGUUGGGCUUGUCUAAAAAGAACUUUAUCGGUUACAGUCGAGAUGACACUAUGAUUCAUCUGAUGAAACAGAUUAAAAACUUAUAUGACCCGCAGCACGGUAUUAUGAAUCCUUACAAAUAUAUCUGA